AUGGCUCGUGGACCGAAACGUCAUUUGAAGCGUCUAGCGGCGCCGCAUCAUUGGAUGCUUGAUAAGCUUGGAGGUGUAUUUGCGCCACGACCAACAUGCGGACCACAUAAACUGCGUGAAUCUCUGCCAUUGAUUUUGUUCCUGCGUAAUCGUCUGAAGUAUGCACUCACCUACAAUGAAGCAAGAAUGAUUUGCAAACAACGCUUGAUCAAGAUCGAUGGUAAAGUACGAACUGAAAUGCGUUUCCCUGCCGGUUUCAUGGAUGUGAUCACAAUCGACAAGACAAACGAAACGUUCCGUCUGUUGUACGACGCGAAAGGUCGUUAUGCUGUCCACCGUAUCACUGAGGCAGAAGGUAGAUUCAAGCUAUGCAAGGUUGUCAAGAAAUCAGUUGGACCGAAGGGAGUACCGUUCAUCGUUACGCACGAUGCACGCACUAUCCGAUAUCCUGAUCCCCAUGCUAAGGUUUGUUAA